GACUGAUUUAAUGCCUAAUAGGAUAGCACGUUUGGGGUAGAAGAGAUGACUUUCUUGCAAGAAGAGGAAGUUUUUCCGGCUGUCAAUUUUUCUGAGGUCUCUGCAGGGGAAGAGGUUAAUGCACCUGGAAACGCUUCUGGUCCCUCUAAAGAGGAAGACGCUAACGGUAGCAGUGAGGUAGAAGAAGGAGAUCAAAGUUCUAAGAGAAAAUUGUCAGAUAAGGAAGCUAACAAGAAGGAAGCUAAUAAACCUCCUGAUAGUUGGUUUGAGUUAAAGGUUAAUACACAUGUUUAUGUGACUGGAUUGCCGGAUGAUGUAACGGUUGACGAAGUGGUGGAGGUGUUUACCAAGUGUGGAAUUAUAAAGGAGGAUCCUGAAACAAAAAAGCCACGUGUGAAGCUGUAUGUUGACAAAGAGACCGGAAAGAAAAAGGGAGAUGCACUUGUUACAUAUCUGAAG